AUCAUUUAAUUGGUGACACGCGCUGUGGGUGCAAACCAGCCAACGGUAGCUCAGAAAGACGUAUGACACCAACCAACCAAGUUGUUUGUGUUGACUUUCGUUGAUAGAAGUAUAUAAAUAUCAAACACGAACAAAUGUAUGACUGUGUUAAGCAGUUGAUUUAGCUUGGAGCUAUGCCACUGAACGUAUUCAUCUAUGGGAUUAGCACAACCAGAUACUGACCAGGCCAGGCCAAGUGGACUAUCUGCAGACUGUGCUACUCUUUCGUCGAGUCUACAUGUGAAUUUAUUGAGCGCUGGAGUUGGUAUAACAUGUCGUAAAUAUCUAUGAAGAAACAUUAGUAAUUUGGGACAGAUUUUAAUUCAUAAGUUGUUCUUAUAUUCGUGCUGAACAUUUAAACUAUUCAUCAUGUCGGUUCUCGGAUUACAAACUGCUCUUCUUUUUGUGUUAACAACAUUGGUGACGAUGCUAGCAGUACGCUGGUAUCGUCAGAGGUCUCGUUUACCGGGUAAGCUGCCGCCUGGUCCAUGGGGUCUCCCGCUGAUCGGCAGCAUAUUCAGCUUGGGUAAACAGCCACAUCUAACUCUGAUGGACAUGGCUAAAAAGUAUGGCAAUGUGUUUACUCUCAACCUAGCUGGUCAGUUGGUCGUUGUCCUCAAUGGAUAUGAAUCUGUCCGAGAAGCUUUGGUCAAGAAAGCUGGAGUGUUUGCUGGACGUCCACAUCUAGCUCUAACUCAAGAACUUACUGAAGGCCAGGGUAUAGUAGUUGCUGACUACGGUCCCAUUUGGAGAGAGCAACGAAAGUUUACUCUCACAGCACUUCGUAACUUUGGUUUUGGGAAAGAGAGUUUUGAAGCUGAGAUUCAGGAGGAGAUUCGAUACAUGUUAGCAGCAUUCAAAGAGAAAGAUGGAUCUUCGUUCAACUCAGAUCAUAUCGUCGAGAUUGCUGUAUCUAAUGUCGUCUGUAACUUCAACUUCGGACGAAGAUUUGAAUACCAAGAUCCCAAAUUCCAGCUUCUUGUGGAUAGCAUCUACAGAUUCGCUGAGAUUGGAACGAAUGCCGCAGCAAUCAACUUCUUUCCUUUUUUGAAACAUCUUCCUAUUCCUGAAAUUCGAGAAGUGUUUGAGAUUGAUAAGGUGGUUCGAAGCUUCCUGCAACGAAUGAUUGAGGAUCAUAAAGAGACUCUUGAUGAGACACGACAGAGAGAUUUCAUCGAUGCUUAUCUUCUUGAGAUCAAACGCAGACAAGAGGCAAUGAAGAAAGAAGAGAAAAUAAGCGAGGCGGAUGCUUCCUUCACAGAGACCUAUCUCUUUCACAUCUUAAAUGAUCUCAUCUUUGCUGGAACUGAGACUAUGAGUUCGACUAUUCGAUGGGCUAUUCUGUACAUGAUCGUUCAGCCCGAGGUUCAGAAGAAGGUACAAGAGGAGCUGGAUACAGUGAUAGCACCAGGAGAGCUACCAUCCUGGAGGGAUAGGAAUCGUAUGCCCUACACUGAAGCUACGCUCAUGGAGAUACAGAGAAUGGCUAACAUCACUGCCCUAACCUUCCCGCAUAAGACUACUGAAGAUACUGAACUAGCAGGCUACAGUAUCCCCAAGGACACACAUGUCUUCAUCAAUCUGUAUUCAGUCCAUGUAGACCCGACACAAUGGAAAGAACCUGAGAAGUUUAUGCCGGAGAGGUUUCUGUCUGAUGAAGGUGGUGUCAUCCAUAAUCCGGCUCUCAUGCCAUUUUCUGCAGGUCGCCGAGCGUGUCCCGGUGAGAAAUUAGCUCGUAUGGAACUGUUCUUGUUCUUCUCAUCAAUGCUAAGAUACUUCACACUUACUCCAGCUCCCGAGAACCCGAACCCAAGUAUCUAUAAGAACUAUGGUAUUAGCUUAAACCCCAAACCAUAUAAGAUCUGUGUCAUACCGCGUCAGUGAACAUUUUAAACUGAUCAGGUCCAAGACCUGGCAAAGAUCGUGAUGAUAAACCGUGAAAUCUUUGCAGUACUUCAGCAACAUUGGUAUCGAUACCGAACACUCUGCGAAGUAUGGCUGUAUGGGUGACAAUGAGGCGAGGGAUAAAUAACGAUAUUCGUUAUGACUCGAGACAAUUAAGAGAUUCAAACUUUACCUCGAUGUUUGAGGAGCUUGUGAAUUCAUACCGAUGGUGACUCUCAAGAAACAAUGGAUAUUAUCCUCACUGAAGAAGAUUAGUGAUGUAUGAAAGUGGUUGUCGAUAGCGUGCGCCUGAUUGUGACGAUGCAAGAGGGUUACUUUUUGUGGAAUGUAAAACUUGUUCGUGAUUUCUACCCGCGAGAAUGUGACGCCGUAUUCAGUGGACUUAUUCUGGGCCACGGUUAUAUAUGCAGCUCUUUUGGUUUGCAACUGAUGUAGAAAGGCUUCUUGCCUGAACUAUGAUGACAAUCUCUUUCAAUCGAUACGAGAAAUAGACGUUAAUCAAAUUUGAUAGAUUGAAUUCAGCAGCUGAUAGUUCGUUUAGAAAGCCGUAUCAUUAUAUAUAUUAUUUCUGUGUAAUAUGGUUAUUUUAUCAAAGUAAUAUUGUACAGUUUAAAAGUUUUAGUGAUAUUUGUAUUUAAGCAGCGUCAAGAUGAAAGCCCUCAGAGCUAUGAAGACAAAACUUCCCAAUCUCUUUUUCGGAUUUUUUAAUCCACGAUCUCAUUGAAGAUUGAAAGAUCUAGGUAAACAAUGAUCAAAACAAAACUGACAUCAAUGUAUGAUAUUAAUACUUUCAAUUAAUCAAUUACAGCGAGAGCUAGUGAUAUGAUGUGUCAUGAUUCUACUCAGGUCCAUAUUGUUUAGCUCCUAUCUGCAGAACGUUUCUUGUAUGUUUCUAGUCUAUUAAAGGCAAUCAGUUUGAUAGGUUGAAGUACACUCCCAAACUGCAUAUACAAUUAUCAUGAUUAUUAAUAUUUAUGAUAUAUUAUUUAUAUUAUGGUGUCUAAUUUAUUGAACUUGUGAUUAUUUAUGAAUGAUUUCGGAGAAUAAUGAUAAUAUCACUUUACAAAGACUUUACAUCGAAAGUGGUAUUAGUUUUGAAGUGAUUACACCGUGAAGUGUUGUAGCACCGAUGGUGUAUGGUGUGAUUGAGGUGCUGUGAGUCACCAUGGUUGUAUUGAAAUGCAUCGAGCCUUCACAUUAUAAAGUGCCUCAUCUGGGUUGUAUAGUAUUGAACAACAAGCAAUAAUUAUUUCGAUUAGUUGCCUAUAACUGUACAUAGUUCGUUGUCACAACCUUACACAACCAUUGGAAUUGGGAUUUUGCUGAAUAGAUGAUACGUGAUACUAUAAACAUUAUUAAGUAGAUGCAGUGGUUCGUUUGAUUGCUUUAUUGGUAAGAUACACAGUGGCUGUGCCAGUAUCGGGUGGAAACACACCUCCCCUUCCCGUUUGAAGGCACUGGAAUAGAAUGAAUACAACGGGUCUACAUUACGGGGGCUACUCAGAUACGUCACCCCUGCCUCGUCUGGGGAGGAUUCUGGCCGGCAUGAUUGCCAAUUUCUAGAUAUGCCUGCACUGCUUACUUUGUUUUAAGUUUUAUCUUUUUGAUCACGCCUAUUGAUUGCAGCGUGUACAUCCUCUAUCGAUUAUACUUUCGAAUCUGUCCACCCACAUCACAAUACUAAUGUUACGAAACUAGCAUGCUCAAACCAAUCGAAGCAAUUAAAGAGCUUGAUAAUGAGAACCAAAAGGAUGUUAGUGCAUGAUAUUUUUGUAGGGUUAACGUCCUUCUAGCUGUCAGGUCUUGAAGGACACACCUCUUAGCCUUUUCAUGGAACGUAUGAUCUUUAGAAAGAUAGGUUUCUAUAGUGAAUGGUUGCUAUUUAUAAUGCUUCAAUAUACUUCAUUUCACAUUAUAUUUAGAUGAGAGGGAUUGCAUAUAAAUGACUGUGAUUCAUAAUAUAAUGGUGUAGUAUUAAAAUAAAAGAGAUACCUCAUUCUUCAUUUA